UCCUGCUUGGUGGGCGACCCAUGGGUCCUGGAAGACAGCUGGCAGCCCUGGAGGACGAGGAGGCUGCGGGUCGGCGGGAGGCAUCCGAGGAUGAGGAAGAUGAAGAAGAAGCAUUGCCGCACUCUGAAGCCAUGGACGUGUUCCAAGAGGGUCUCGCCAUGGUGGUGCAGGACCCGCUGCUCUGCGAUCUCCCGAUCCAGGUUACUUUGGAAGAGGUCAAUUCCCAGAUAGCACUGGAAUAUGGCCAAGCAAUGACAGUCCGAGUAUGCAAGAUGGAUGGGGAAGUAAUGCCUGUGGUCGUCGUGCAGAAUGCCACCGUCCUGGACCUGAAGAAGGCCAUCCAAAGAUACAUGCAGCUCAAGCAGGAGCGUGAAGGAGGCAUUCAACACAUCAGCUGGUCCUAUGUGUGGCGGACAUACCAUCUGACUUCAGCUGGAGAGAAGCUCACAGAGGAUAGGAAGAAGCUCCGAGAUUACGGCAUCCGAAAUCGGGAUGAGGUUUCCUUCAUCAAAAAACUGAGGCAAAAGUGAACUCCAGAUAAGAACAGCUAUUCUCCAGCAAGUUGAGCUUUUCCUAGCAAGAUAAGCCUUCCCUUUGUCCUUAUGGGAAAGGAUAUUUGGAGUGCCUGUAUCCUGUCAUAGCCAACUGGAAGUAUCCUGGUGCUGUCAGGGCAAGAAGAGCCUGUCCCUUGCUUUCUCUUGAACUUGGUCUGAGUCUGUCCUCUCCCUAGGCCUGAAGACCUUGACCAUGUGGUGGGUCCCACAUGGCUAUAGCCCUAGCCCAAUGUAUAGAAUAAACCUGUUUGCUUUGUAUCAGAA